UGCAUGCACUGUGCAUCAAAACUGAGGUCACAAUGUGAUAACUUUCAACCCCUUAAAAGGAUGUGAUUGGAUGUUUGUUCAAAUCUAACAAAGAAAAAAAAAGAAUCAUGUUGCAGAGCUCUGUAAGUGUGAUAUAUGACGGACAUGUUCUUCAGCAUCUUUCUCCUACUUUCUCUCUUCCUGUUCUGUGGGGGAAUGGAGAGUCGUAUUAUUGGAGGAAAUGAAGCAAAACCACACUCCCGACCCUACAUGGUGUCUGUUCAGAUUAACAAAAAACAUGUGUGUGGUGGUAUGCUCUUCAAAAGAGAUUACGUGCUGACUGCAGCCCACUGUGUAGAUGACACUGAAUACCAUGGAAAACAGAAGCUGGAAGUGGUCCUGGGAGCUCACAAUAUCAGUCAAAAAGAACCCCAGCAGCAGAGAAUCCAAGUACAGAAGUACUUCAAGCAUCCUUGUUACAAGAACAAUGAACGUUUAAAUGAUAUCAUGAUAUUGAAGCUGAAGCCCAAAGCCAAGGAGAACAAAGCUGUAAAGCUUAUUGGUCUUCCUUCAAAAAAUGUAAACAUUCAAGACCAGGAGAAAUGUUCAAUCGCUGGCUGGGGUAUGACAUACCAGAACAGCGCUGAAUCAAGUGUACUAAGAGAAGUCACGCUAAAGAUACAAAAUAACACCGAGUGCAAGAGACUUUGGGAGCAUUAUUUUGACACAGACAACAUGAUCUGCACUGCCUCUGAUGGGAGGGAAGCUUUUUGCCAGGGUGAUUCAGGGGGUCCUCUCAUCUGCGGGAAAAAACUACACGGAUUAGCUGUAUAUACAUAUCCUAAAAACUGCUUAAACCAGGAGUAUCCAGAGGUAUAUAUGAAGAUCUCCUACUUUAUUCCAUGGAUUGAACAAGUGAUUUACUAACAAGUGAGCACAAUAGAAGUACAGUAACCACAAUCCAAUAAAAUACAUAUUCCAUAUGCAAAAUAUGUGUCUUCCUUCCUAUUGUCAACCUUUCACAUGGGCAUUUAUGAUAAAAUAGUGAAAAAAAAAAAUCAAAUCUCAUAGUUUACACAAAAAAUUGCUAUCUAGUAAGACUUAAACUUAAAAAAAUGGAAACUAAAGUAUGCAGUUCUAAGUCUGCAGAGAUAUGGCGGUGGUGGGUUAUAGAGUCACAGUGGUGGCCGGGGAGAGGGGGAAGAGACAAAGAGAGACCUACAAUUUUUUAUGAUCGCUAUGACAGUUUUUUCAAAACAUUUAACAUGUUUCCUAAACUCUUCACCCACCAUCACACCUAAAACACACAAUUGGCAAAACAGUCAAUUUCGUGCUCAAAAUCACACAUUGUAAACUAAACCCCAAAACUAAUUUUUAAAAUACAAUAAUAAACUACCACAGUACACUACGUCUAGCAAAACAAUGCAAACAUGUUUUAAAAUCAUAUAAUUAUUCAAAUCAGUAACACAUGUUCUCCCUCAUCAGGAACAUUAAGUCAAUCAAAACACAUUGACAAAAAACACCAACAUCAGCUGAAAUUACAGAAACUGCAUUAUUUUAUGUGUCAGUUCUGCCCUUAUAUUUGAAGCCUUUCUACAUUUGUGUUUUGCUGGGUUUAGGAAAUGCAUGCAUUUUGUUUCUUUUGCAGAAAUUCAAUACAAAAAGUGAAUGACCAUCUCAGAGUAGCUUUACAAAAUGUACAGUUUAUGUAAAAAAAAAAUACAGACACAGAACUGCUGCAGUACAGACUUUAUUUGCAUCCACGUCACACCUGAUAUCUUCUCUGGCAAGGCAUCGUGUGAAGAAUCUUUUCAGCUGUGUUCAGCUGUAAUGUCUUGGCUUGCAGCAUCCAUUGCAUCCAGGUGGGACGGUCAUGUGGACGAUGGUCAAAAACCUUCCAUCUCCAGGCUGAGAAAAACUCCUCAAUGGGGUUGAGGAAAGGGGAGUAAGGGGCAAAGAAAUGGGACAUCAUCCUUGGACGGGCGUCAAACCAGGCUGUGACUGCACAGGAAUGGUGGAAUGCCACAUUGUCCCAUGUGAUGGCAUAUAUUGGCAAGUGGUCUCCCACCUGUCCCUUUCUACCUCUGGCACCAGUCUUUCAGGAGUGCACCGUUGUUAGAGAUUGCGGCGCACAUUAUUAAAUUAUUUAAAAUUACUACUUUGCCGUAGGAGAAGCAAUAUCCUACCUGUUGGUUUCUCUGAAAAUAUGGACAAUGGAUGCCACUGUGUCCCGGCUGAGAUUUGGCUGUACUCGUUCACCAGCCUCUCUGUAUGAUAGCCCGUGGUUUAUGACGAUGAUAGUAGCUCUUAUUUUAUCAGUUAACCUAGCUCUGGUCUUUGUUUGCGCGCCAUCACGCAUUCUAACUCCUCUCCCUCUACCUUGCCCCACUCCUCUCAAUUGUUCUGGUAGUCGUCUUCCU